ACCAACCGCCGAUAAACCCCACCGAGGAAGAGGAAGAAGGAAAUAAAAAAAUGAUUAUCGUUAAAUUCGAUGAGCCGUGGGUGUCUACAUCUAGGCUGGUUUAAAUGCAUGAACAAACCAAACAAGGUGAUGUUUUGUAGGCAAAGGGAAAGGGAGUGAAAAACCAACCGAAUCUCGGCGCAUUCACUAUUCUGCUCUGCGUCUAUGAUAACAACAGAUGGACUCGUUGCUCCUGUGGGCCACUGCCGGAGUCGACAGUGCAUUUGUUGGGGAGGGAACGACGGCAAAGGCGGAAGACGGCGCAUCAGCAGUCAGAUUGGAAGCUAACUGGUUGUUGCAAGAUGCUUGUAAGCGACAGUUCUCUACACGGGAUUUAAGGCUAAGUCAACUUUGAACUCCUGAAGUAACCUGCAUGGAUCGACAAGGGCUGAACUAAAAUUUUGAUUUAAAAAAAAAAUAUAUAUAUAUUUAUAUAUUCAACACAAGCACAGAUAAGACACAAUGGCGAGCAGAAGAAAAUCAACAACGCCUUGCAUGUUCCCCCCCGUUGAAAUGGUGGAUUCAGACCCUGACAUGGAGGUCGUUACAGAGGGAGAUGAACAGACUGACGAGGGGGCAGCUAACUGUCCUGUGGAAAACUCAACUGAAAGCAACCCGAGUGAGGAAGACACACAGGCCAUGGACCACUUCAUUAAAACUAUGGACUCGAGUACAGCAGAAGGAGGUUAUGAGUGCAAGUACUGCAGCUUUCAGACAUCACAGCUCAAUAUGUUUACCUUGCAUGUGGACACUGAGCACCCAAAUAUAGUUCUAAACUCAUCUUAUGUGUGUGUUGAGUGUGACUUUCACACCAAGAGGUAUGAUGCAUUGUUGGAGCAUAAUGCACGCCACCAUCCUGGAGAAGACAAUUUCACCAGGACCAUGGUGAAGAGCAACAAUCAAACCAUCUUUGAGCAGAGAGUCAAUGACUUGACCUUUGAUGGCAGUUUUGUUGAGGAGGAUGAGGGCACAUCCUGUAAGGGUAUUGCCCUAAGCAAGACACCAAUCAUGAAGCUCAAGAGUAGGGCUGAGGCCAAGAAGUUUACAGGGUCACACAAAAUGGCAGAUAACAGUGUCAUUAAAGUGGAGAGUGAUGGGGAAGAAGAGAGAGAGGAGGUGCCCCCACCUCCUGUCACCCCCACUGUAGUGGCUGUGUCAACCCCUCUGACCAUUCAACCUAUUCAGCAAAGCAUAAUGGUCAACAGCCCAAAUGUGCUCCAAAUAAAGACCACCAACUCCACCACAAUGAUCCCUCCAGGGACAUUGGCUCAAGUUCUGUCUGCCUUGCAGAAUCAGCAGACCUCCCAGACCCAGCUCCUCAUCCCGGUCAGUAGUAUCCCCACAUACAAUGGGGCCAUGGACAAUAAUGUCCUUCUGGUCAGUGCCUAUAAUAGGUUCCCUUACCCAUCUGUGUCAGAGAUCAUGGGUCUAGCAGUACAAACCAAGUUCACAGAGGAGCAGAUAAAGGUGUGGUUCUCUGCCCAGCGGCUGAAGCACGGUGUGAGCUGGACCCCAGAGGAGGUGGAGGAGGCCAGGAGGAAGAAGUUCAAUGGCUCAGUGCAGGCGGUGUCACAGACCAUCACUGUCAUCCCAGCCAAUUUUGCUACGGCAGCCAAUGGCCUGCAGUCAAUCUUUCAGACUUGUCAGAUUGUAGGGCAACCAGGGAUGGUUUUGACUCAGGUAGGGGGUGGCAACGCUGUCCCUGUGGCCUCACCCAUCACGUUAGCUGUUGCUGGGGUCCCCAACCCCAGAACCAGUGUCAGUAAGGUGCCAGAACCCUCCACCUCUGAGACCGCUUCUCCACUCAGUACCGAUUCCCUGGGAGCGCGACCCAAAAAAUCCAAGGAGCAGCUAGCAGAGCUGAAGGCCAGUUACCUAAGGAGACAGUUUGCCACUGAGGCAGAGAUCUCUCAGCUGAUGAAGGUCACUAACCUCACCAAAAGAGCAAUAAAGAAGUGGUUCAGUGACACACGUUACAACCAACGCAACUCAAAGGACCACCAAGGCGUUGCCUUAAAUGACAUUUCAGUCAACACCAACAGUAACGACGCCAGCAGCAGCACAGCCAUUGUGAUCGACUCCAGCGACGAAGCCAGUGAAUCCUCUCUCACAACCCAAGGGCCCAUCUAUGAUCCACGAAUCAAGUUCCGCCACGCCUUUCCUGACUUCACACCUCAGAAGUUCAAGGAAAAGACUCCGGAGCAGCUUCUGCUUUUGGAGGCCAGCUACCAGAAGUCUGACACGCCAGGCGAUGAGGAGCUAAGUAGGUUGAGGAUGGAGACUAAACUGACCAGGCGAGAGGUGGACGCAUGGUUCUCUGAGAGGAGAAAAAUGCCACUGGACUCUGAUGGCACAGAGGAGCUAGAGAGUGAAAUGGUCAAAGUGCCUUCCUCUGGGCAAGAAGCUUGGACGCCAUCCAGCGGCCGAAAGAUAAUGAAGAAAACCCCAGAGCAGCUCCACGUCCUGAAAAGCGCCUUUGUUCGUACCCAGUGGCCCUCUGCUGAAGAGUACGACAAGAUGGCCAAGGAGAGCGGGUUACCCAGAACCUACAUUGUCAACUGGUUUGGAGACACCCGUUAUGCCUGCAAGAACAGUAACCUGAAGUGGUACUACUUGUAUCAGAGUGGAAAGGUUAACGAGGCAAUGAACGGAGGUGAACUUAAGAAGAAACCACGGAAACGCUUUCGUGGUUGGUCCAGGAGAACGAGGCGGCCAUACCCCUGCAAACAAACACCCCCUACCAUCAAAGUCAAGACGGGUAAAGAUAUUUUAAAGGAGCACUACCUCAAGCAUAAGGUCUUAAAUGAGAAAGAUUUGGAUGAACUGGUGGCCAAGUCCAGUAUGAGCUAUGAGCAGGUGCGGGACUGGUUUGCGGAGAUCAGCAGGAGGGAAGAGAAGGGCCUUGACCCUUUCAGUGAGGGUAAAGAGGAGACACACGGUGACAGUGAGGGAGAGAUGGAAGUGAAAGAGAAAGGGGAUGAUGAAGAAAACGACAUUGACAACAAAGAUGAUGAAAAUAACAAUGAUGAAGAUGAAACGAAUGACAAUGAAACCACGGAAGAGCCUCUAUGUUUCAAGCAAUCACAGUCAGAACCAGAAGAUCAGUGAUUUAAAAGGUCCAGAAUUCUCAUUGGUUGCCUACGGAAGAGAAGAGAUGGAAAACACAGGUGAAAUGUACCAAGUGUUUUGGUGUUAAACUGCGUGGACCAACCAGGCACAAAGAAGCGAGAAGAUGUAUGAUGCCAAAUAAUUUUAGCAAGGGAUUAUAUACUGAACAAAAAUAUAAACGCAACAUGUAAAGUGUUGGUCCCAUGUUUCAUGAGCGGAAAUAAAAUAUCCCUGAAAUUUUCCAUAUGCACAAAUCAUCAAAUCAAAUGUUUAUAAAGCCCUUUUUAAAUCAUGUUACAAAGUGCUUAUACAGAAACCCAGCCUAAAACGCCAAACAGUAAGCAAUGCAGAUGUAGAAGCAUGGUGGCUAGGAAGAAACCUAGAGAGGAACCAGGCUCUGAGGGGUGGCCAGUCCUCUUCUGGCUGUGCCCAGUGGAGAUUAUAAGAGCACAUGGCCAUUAAGGCCAGAUCGUUCAAAAAUAUGUUCAAAUGUUCAUAGAUGACCAGCAGGGUCAAAUAAUAAUCACAGUGGUUGUAGAGGGUGCAACAAGUCUGCACCUCAGGAUUAAAUGUCAGUUGGCUUUUCAUGGCUUGUUCAGAGGUCGCGACAGCAGGUGAGGGAGAGGAUCGAAACAGCAGGUCCGGGACAAGGUAGCAUGUCUGGUGAACAGGUCAGAGUUCCAUAACCAGGGUUGAAACUGGAUCAGCAACACGGCCAGGUAGUGGACUGUGGAUAGCCAGGAGUCAUCAGGCCAGGUAGUCCUGAGGCAUGGUCCUAGGGCUCAGGUCCUCAGAGAGAGAGAGAGAUGGGAGCAUACUUAAGUUCACACAGGACACCAGAUAAGAUGGGAAUUUUACCAGAUACGAAAUAGUGACCCCCCCCCCCUGGCACAAACUAUUGCAGCAUAGAUACUGGAGGUUGAGACCAGGGGGUCGGGGGACACUGGGCCUGUCCGAUGAUAACCCCGGGCAGGGCCAACCAGCCAGGAUAUAACUCCACCCACUUUGCCAAAGCACAGCCCCACAACAAUAGAGAGUUAAACAGACAACCAACUUACUGCCCUGAGACAUUUCGGAGUAUAGUGCACAAAGAUCUCUUUCACCGCACAAGCCCGAGAGGGUGCAAAACUGGCUUACUUCUCUCAAAUUUUGUGCAAAUUUAUUGACAUCCCUGUUAGUGACCAUUUCUCCUUUGCCAAGAUUAUCCAUCAUCCGAUAGGUGUGGCAUAUCAAGAAGCUGAUUAAACAGCAUGGUCAUUACAGAGGUGCACCUUGUGCUGGGGGAAAAUACAAGGGCACUAAAAUGUGCAGUUUUGUCACACAACACAAUGCCACAGAUGUCUCAAAUUUUGAGGGAGCAUGCAAUUGACAUGCUGAUUGCAAGAAUGUCCACCAGAGCUGUUGGCUGAUAAUUGAAUGUUCAUUUCUCGACCAUAAGCCACCUCGUUUUAGAGAAUUUGGCAGUACGUUCAACCGGCCUCACAACCACAGACCGCGUGUAACCACGCCAGCCCAGCACCUCCACAUCUGGCUUCUUCACCUGCACGAUCGUCUGAGACCAGCCACCCAGACAGUUGAUGGAAACUGAGCAGUAUUUCUGUCUGUAAUAAAACCCUUUUCCCUUGUGGGGAAAAGUACUUCUGAUUGGCUGGGCCUGGCUCCCCAGUGGGUGGGCUUGGCUCCCCACUGGCUGGGCCUAUGCCCUCCCAGGCCUACCCAUGGCUGCCCAGUCAUGUGAAAUCCAUAGAUUUGGACCUAAUGAAUUUAUUUCAAUUGACUGAUUUCCUUAAAUGUACUGUAACUCAUAUAUAUCAUACAUGACCUUAAUUGAAAAUACUAUUUGGUUUUUCUGGGAUAUUUCAGUAAUAUUGUACCUUGCUAUCUUAACUAAAUCCAAGACAUUUCGAUUUGGUAAAUCCUCAUUUUUUUCUUGUAGGUUAUGUAAUAACUUUUAAAAUCGUAAUAAUGUUUUUAAAUCGUGAAAUUGUGUCCAGGUUGAAGGGAAUUUCAAAAUGUUUUUUCUUUGAUGUACUGACAAAAUGUUUUUUUUUUUUUUUUUUAAUCUCACAGUUUUGUGAAUAUGACUUAAAUCAGUGCCAUCUGUUUUUGGAUUAUGUUUUAAAUGGAAUCAGUGGUUCUACAAAACUGUUUUUAUAUGUGUUCAAAUAAUUUGUUGGUCUUAAAUGACAAAAUAUGGAGUAAUCCAGGUUAAUAUUCUGCUCAGUUUUUUGGGGUGGGUUUCUUUGUAUGUUGGUUUUCCAAAUGAAAAAGGCAUGUGUGCUGUCAUUCAGGAUUUAGUAAACAUUACCUCAGUCUUUUAAGCUAUGAGUGGAAGACAGUGACUUUGUUCAAUUUAAAUGGGUUUUAAAAAUACACAGGUUCAUUCACAGUUUGCUUGAGAUGGCAGUUUUUUCUAAAGUAAGUAACUUUCAAUGCAUAGUUGUACUUAAAAAAAAAAUACGGGUUAAAAUCUUUCAGGUGUACAAUGACAACGAUAUAGGGUGAAGAUACCACAAACACUUGGUAUGGUUCCUCUUUUAACGAGAGCCAAUUUGACUUUAGUCAACCUUUUAACUUUUCUUCCUCUGCUUAUCUUCCUCUUAUCUUGUAGGUCUAUACUCAAAUCUGGAUGUACAGGUUUUUAUAUGCAACUAUACAACUAUACAUCAAAGAACAGUCAAUGAGGAGAUGGUGAAUUAUAAAUUAUUGUUUUGCUUCUCUAUGUUUUCAGUAAUGACAAGGACCCUUAUGAAUUCUGCAAUAUGGUAUAAGCCUGUUGGCAUCCUUAAUUGCGGUAAUAUAAUGAUUAGUUUAUUAGUAUUAUUAGUUUAUUUAUUUAUUAUAUCUUACUUUCGUGAAUACUUUGCCAAGAAAAUGUAUUUAGUUUCAGACCAGUGCUUUUGCAGGUAAGAAACAGAUUUUCAGUAGUCAUUGUCAAGCCAUAGGAAAAGUGCAACUAACUCUGUUAGCCAUUGAAAUCAACCACAAUACUAAAUUUACCACAUUUUACAGUUGGACAAUACAUUUGUUUGUGAAAUGCUUGUUAUUAGAAGUGUGGAAAUCCAUUGCCAAUGCAGAACACUGCCACCUGAUUUUUGACUUCUGUGCAAUUGUUGUUCUAUCUUCUACAAACUCAACUUGAGUCAUGAUGCAUUUGUGUUCAACAUUGUAUCAUAACUGACAUGCCAUUUCAGAAGUCUUUUAAUAGACAUUACGCAGCAAAAAAAUACUUGUCUGAGGGAAAUAUGAUUUAAUAUGAUUGAAUGUCAUUAUUUUAACCUUACAUCAUUAAAUGGCAAUAUUUGUCAAACCAGUUGUA